UACUCCACUGGCAAUGGCGGGGUUGGCCCGCAAUGCGCACACGCAGACAGUCCACGAGAACAUGGUGUACAUCAGCAACGACAAGGUCAAAUUAAAAGCUGAUCCUAAAACUAUGAAAUUAAAUGAGAAAAUAGACAAGCCACUAUGUAUAAUCAUGAACUGGAUGAUGGCCAAGCCGAACCACGUCCAGAAGUACGCGCAGCUGUACCUGGAUCAUGACUUCGAUGUGCUUUCCGUGACCUGUACUCCUUGGCAGCUCAUGUGGCCCGCGACUGGAUCUCAAGUACUAACGGAAAAACUGCUUCGGUUUAUGGAGGUGAACAGUCAGAACCCACUGACGGUGCAUGGAUUCUCAGUCGGCGCCUACGUGUGGGCGGAGCUGCUGGUCCAUGCAGUCAAUGAUAAAAAACGAUUUCAACCGGUGUUAGAUCGCGUGGCAUGCCAGGUGUUUGACUCCGGCGCAGACAUCCAUGAGAUACCGGUCGGCUUCCCCAGCGCCGUGUUCCCACGGAACAAGUUUAUGCAGGAACUGUUUAGGACUUAUAUCAAAACCCACAUGAAAGUGUUUCAUAAUGUGGCGACCAAACAUUACAUGAAGGCUACGGAUGUGUUCCAUCACACUCCCUGCAGGGCGCCGGGCCUGUUCCUCGUCUCCAAGACUGACCUGGUGGGAGCUGAGAAAAGGAGCCGAAGCGUCCACGACUCCUGGGUUAGGAGCGGCAUCAAGUGUAACUUCAAAUGCUGGGACAAAUCACCACACGUACUCCACUACAUCCACCACCCUGAGGAGUAUAAGCAGGCCCUGUACUCACACAUGAGACAGUGUGGCUUGCUCAAAGACAAGUCAUAGACUAUAGUGCUUCGAAGCAACAUCUCCGAACUAUCGAAGGAGCGAUUGUUACUUGUCAAAGACUACCCUAAAUCCUCGGCAGUGAAACGUCUGCAGAAAUGUCAAUAACUAUAGUAGUCCUAAGGUGUUUCUAUCAAACAGUGGAUCGAUUCAGAAUGUUUGGAUUCAAAUAGAAUUUAUACGUUAUUUUGUAUGAUAAACUUAAUUGUUAUAAUAUUAUUAUUGAUUAACUAAUUACUUGUAAUUAGCAACUAUCACCUAUCAAUAAUCAGAUGUCAAUCUAUAGUCCUUAAGCGACACUAGCGCCUCUAGUGCCGCAAACCCUC